AUGACGCUCUUCAUUCUUACGGAGACGUCGGCAGGAUAUGCGCUGCUCAAGGCCAAGGACAAGAAGCUGCUGAAGCGCGAUGAUCUGGCGAAAGAGGCCGAGACGGCGGAGGGCGUGUGCAGCCUGUUGAAGAUGAAGGAGUUCCACAAGUUCGACAGUGCUGCCUCUGCGCUCGAGGAGGCCGCUGCGUUGACGGAGGGAAAGGUCACGCCCACCCUCGCCAACAUGCUCAACUCCAUCAAGGACGAGAAGAAGGUCUCGCUCGCUGUCGCCGACCCUAAGCUGGGCAACGCCAUCGGCAAGCUCCCAGGUCUCCAGAUCACACCCAUCUCCGACUCCACCACCGCCGACCUCUACCGUGCCAUCCGCGAGCAUCUCCCAUCGCUUAUCCCCGGCCUCAUGCCGGAAGACCUCAACACAAUGUCGCUCGGUCUAUCACACAGCUUGUCGCGACACAAGCUGAAGUUCUCGCCUGACAAGGUCGACACCAUGAUUAUCCAGGCUAUUGCUCUGUUGGACGAUCUGGACAAGGAGCUGAACACCUACGCCAUGAGAGUCAAGGAAUGGUACGGCUGGCAUUUCCCCGAGAUGGCUCGCAUCAUCAACGACAACUUGGCAUACUCGCGCGUUAUCCUGGCAAUGGGCUUCCGAUCGAACGCCAGCAACACUGACCUGUCCGACGUUCUGCCAGAAGAGAUCGAGGGCGCAGUCAAGGCUGCUGCUGAGGUGUCUAUGGGUACAGAGAUCACAGAUGAAGAUUUAGAGAACAUCCAGGCUCUCGCUGAGCAAGUGGCUGGCUUCACCGAGUACCGACAACAGCUGUCCAGCUACCUCUCCGCGCGCAUGCAAGCCAUUGCACCUAACUUGACGACACUUGUUGGCGAUCUUGUCGGUGCACGACUGAUCGCACACGCUGGUUCGCUCAUGAACCUCGCAAAGUCACCCGCCUCCACCGUCCAGAUUCUCGGCGCCGAGAAGGCACUUUUCCGUGCAUUGAAGACGAAGCACGAUACACCCAAGUACGGUCUCAUCUACCACGCUUCACUCAUCGGCCAAGCGUCCGGCAAGAACAAGGGCAAGAUCGCCCGUAUGCUCGCAACAAAAGCCACCCUUGGUCUCCGUGUCGAUGCCCUCAGCGAUUGGGGUCAGGCUGGUGAAGGUGAAAAGGAGGAGCCAACAGAGGAAGAGAAGGCGAGCGUUGGCACAGCAGGUCGCGCAUUGGUCGAGAGGAGAUUACGCGGUCUCGAGGGCAAGCCACUGAAGUCUGCCAACUCUGUCGCCAUUGGACCAAACGGCCAACAACAGUCCGGCAAGUGGGAAAUCAAGGAAGCACGAAAGUACAACGCCGACGCCGACGGCCUCUCAGCAGACGCCAAGCCAGCUCUUGCAAACGGCGACGCUCCUUCAUCGAGCAAGAAGCGCAAGCUUGUGGAAGAAGUUCCACAAACAAACGGCGCGGACGAUGAUGAUGAAGACGAGGACGAAGACGAAGACAUGGACGUAACCGGCCUCGUGAACGGCGACGACUCCUCGUCAAAGAAGGAGAGCAAAGAAGAGAAGCGCAAGCGAAAGGAAGAGAAGGCCGCCAGGAAAGCUGAAAAAGCCGCGAAGAAGGCCGAGAAGGAAGCAAAGAAGGCCAAAAAGGCAGAAAAGGAGGCCAAAGACAGCGGCAAGAAGAGGAAAGCAGAUGAUGAUGAAGAGCCGAAGAAGGAGAAGAAGAAGAAGCACAAGAGCAAGGCAUAG